CUAUUGUGUAGGGUUCCAUGCAGCCUCAAUGUCGGAGCGCCGACAAAGCGUCAGACGUUCGGUGCAUUACGACGACGUCAAAGCAACCCUUGACCAGCAAGGAAUUUGUCAAGCCCAACUUUGUCGAGCUCUGCGGGCCCUUGCCAAGGAGCUCCGCAGCAGGCUCGGCGUGUGGUCGUCGCAGGCGUCAGAGGAGGUUUUGGAGCGGAUUGAGGAGACCUUGCUGACUUCCACCGAGAAGGAGAAAGCCACACCUGCAGAAGAUCUGCGUGGCUUCCAUGGCGAAGGUCAGAUGUGUGUUUCUCCAGCGGCGCCGCCGCCCAGCUGCGUGGAGAUCCCAGCAGGCAGCGACGACGAGGCGCCGCGCGCCGCAGACCCCAUGGCUUUCGGAAAGUACCCGAUGCACGCAGAGGUGAAGGCUUUCCAACGCCAGUCUCAGCAGACUGAAGCCCUACGUAGAGAGGUGGCGUCGCUGAGGAAGGCUCUCGAAACUUCUGCGACAGACUUCCAGCAAAUGGCGGAGGACGCUGCAACAUCAGCAGCUCAAAACGCAGAGUCUCUACUGCGCUCAGCAGAACGAGGCUUGACCGAGAAGUUCCAGGCUGCGGUGGACCAUGCGCUUGACCAACGGGAGCACCUGUCUUUCUUGGCACGCGAUGCAGUCGAAGACCGCCUAAGACGGGAGCUGCGUGCGUAUUCAGAGGUCACGGAUGAGAGCCUCGAGGCUCUCCGUGGAUCGCUGGCGCAGAAAUCGCAGAAGUGGGAGCAAGAGGCGCAGCGCAUUGACUACAGGAUGAACUUGAUAAAUGAGCAGAUGGGGCAGGUGAGCCAAGUGGCGCAGGAGAGGUCAGAGGCAGCGACACUCCUGGUGAGUGCUGCUCUAGCUGACUUUCGCAUGGGUGAACUCCGGGAUCAGGUGCUUUCCGAAUUUCGACCGUGAUGCCAAGGUUGGUUUAUUGAAUUAUCUUUGGUGUAGUUUUGGAGAGGCAUGCCGGGAGGACACUGGGUGUCAGAUCUGGAAAUUCGGCUCAGGCGCCAGCAGCUAUGCCAUUUAUCCUGGACCAAGUGAAACACUGUGGGCAUGCAGAAAAAUUUGCUGUUGCUUCCUGCGCUGACCAGCGAGACGGCUUUCCCCAUUCAAAGAACAAUGGAGGACUCCUGGGCGCCCAGCGCCCAGCAGGCCAACGCUCUGCGGGAGCUGCGACAUUGCGCCGCCGGUGUGGCGCGGGGCGUCCUGCGCUUGGGCCAGGUUCUGGCCCGGCGUCGGUUUUUAGCUUCCUUCCGACGCCAGCGACGACAAGCGUGGCAACAACCAAAGGCUGCGGAAAUAGGUUCUGUGAUGUACUGCGACAUGGCAAUCAUGUCUGCGACGUGGGCGAAACUGGGCUGAGGUGCUUGGCAGCACGGACUGGGCUUGCGCUGUGUGUGUGGGUUGGGCUGGGCCACAGCCGCGUCAGGAAGG